AUGAAAGGAGGUGAAGUGGAGCAGCGUUCCUCUCUCUGCAGGUGUGACUGCACGGAGAGCUGGCGCGCUGCACAAGGUGGCGUAAAUAAAGACAAACAGGAUAAAAUCUUCGUCAAUCUUUUACAGAUCACCUGCUUGAGCAGGUUAAUGUGGUUCAUAGCUCAUCAGUUUUACUGGUAAGCGCGCUUGUUAGUCACAAGGUUGGACACAAAGUUCACCUAAUGUUCUGUCAGUCUGUCAUAAAUAUUGAGGAUGCUGAAAACACCAGACGUGCUCCUUCUCGUCUGCCUCGUCGGGGCAGCGAGCGCUCUGUACAAGCGGUGGAUUCCCGACACCAACUACGAGAAUGAGACCAACUGGGACACAGGAGCUGUUCCGUGUGGCAGCGACGCGGCUGAGUUUUCAGCCGGGAGACACGUGUCCGUGUUCGUGGAGACCACACAUGCUGUGCGGGAGAUGAGGCUGCCACUCGACGGAGAGUUCAUCCUGAAUUCAGGAGCUGGGUUUUACGCAGCGAGCAGACCAGAUCCGAGCUGCGGAGCGGGCGUCACGACCCGGUUCAAAGAUUCAGAGUCUCUUCAGUGGUUUGAUCCAGCCCUGUGGCAGGCGGCUGCGACUCUGGAUGACCUGCAACGUGGAAACCUCUUGUUCUCAGUCCACGAGGAGAGCGUCCCGUGCCGGUAUGACGAUGUGGUUUUCAGAGAGCGCUCCUCCUUCAGGGUGGACACCAGCUCCAGUCAGACAAGUAUCCCUGUCAAAUCUGUGUCCGUGCUGGGGAAGACGUUUGACAGCAGAGAUGAGUUCUCCCAGUAUCUCAGCUCGCGCUCGGGCCGACUGCAGUUUCACGGAUCCUCUCCUGUGGCUGUGGGAGAAGGGGGCUGCGGGGACGCAUCUGGAUGUGACUGUGGGAAUACUGUGCACCACCAGCGGAUCUGUGGCACUGUCACAUGCGCCUCUCCCAGCUGUGGGAAGCCUCUCCUCCCUGCAGGACACUGCUGUAAUAUCUGUGGUGCCAUUGUCACCAUCCACAGUGCUGCUGGUUUCAACCUGCAGACUUACAGGCAAAGAAUCCAUCACCUGUUUCUCAUCCUGCCGCAAUACAGAUCCAUUCGGCUGGGCAUGAGCAAAGUCUUCAAGCCGCAACGGUUGAUGGGGAUCAUCCCUCUUUGUACCUCACCUGAGAUCCAGGUGGUUAUCCUGGACGGAGAGGAGGGAGCACAGUCAGAGGCCCUGGCCUGGGACAUCGUGAGGGAUGCCCGCACUCACGGCUCCAGCCUGGGGAUCGCUGGAGCUGAAUUUCAGGCCUCGUCUGGGAGCAGCAGCGACCAAUCCGGAGGCACUGCUGGGAUGGUGGUUGGAGUUGUGUUUGGAGUUAUAAUCAUGAUUGCACUCGUUGUCGUCGUGGUCGUCCUGAUCCAUAAGGGGGUCGUUCGAGUGCCACAGCUGCCGUCGCUGAAGAGGAGCAGUGAUGCUGUAGAGCUCAGCGGGUCUCUUGACCACGGCUAUGACAAUCCCAUGUUCGACAAACCCACCAUGCUGCCUGAAAUCCCCGCUCUGUAUGGGACUGAAACAAAUAAUUCAAUCUCCUUGACUCAGACAGGGGUGUACUUUGUAAAUCCAGUUUAUGAUGAGAAUGAAUCUGAGUUUAUCGCCUGA